AUGGCGCGGUUUGGGCUGCUGCCCCUGCCGCUGCCCCUGCCGCUGCCCCUGCCCCCCGCCGUGAAUCGCACGCUGCUUCUCCCGUUCCCACCCCCCAGCUCGGCCCGGCCUCACCUGGCGGGAAGUUGGAACCCCUUUGGGACUCGGGCCUGCCGGGAGGUCCCGCCCCCGGACCCGAGCUGCAAGAUUAAGGCUCUGAGGGCCAAGACCAACACCUACAUCAAGACCCCGGUGCGGGGCGAGGAGCCAGUGUUCAUGGUGACUGGGCGGCGGGAGGACGUGGCCACAGCCCGAAGGGAAAUCAUCUCAGCGGCCGAGCACUUCUCCAUGAUCCGAGCAUCGCGCAACAAGUCGGGUGCCGCCUUCGGCGUGGCGCCUGCGCUGCCCGGACAGGUGACCAUUCGCGUGCGGGUGCCCUACCGCGUGGUGGGGCUGGUGGUGGGCCCCAAGGGGGCCACCAUCAAGCGCAUCCAGCAGCAGACCAACACGUACAUUAUCACGCCGAGCCGAGACCGCGACCCGGUGUUCGAGAUUACGGGUGCCCCGGGCAACGUGGAGCGCGCACGGGAGGAGAUCGAGACGCACAUCGCGGUGCGCACCGGCAAGAUCCUCGAGUACAACAAUGAAAAUGACUUCCUGGCAGGGAGCCCCGACGCCGCGCUGGACAGCCGCUAUUCCGAGGCCUGGCGCGUGCACCCGCCCGCCUGCAAGCCCCUCUCCACCUUCCGGCAGAACAGCCUGGGCUGCAUCGGCGAGUGCGCCGUGGACUCGGGCUUUGAGACCCCACGCCUGGGUGAGCAGGGCGGGGACUUUGGCUACAGCGGGUACCUGUUUCCCGGCUACGGUGUGGGCAAGCAGGAUGUGUACUACGGGGUGGCGGAGACCAGCCCCCCGCUCUGGGCAGGCCAGGAGAACGCCACGCCCUCCUCGGUGCUCUUCUCCUCUGCCUCCUCCUCCUCCUCCUCUUCUGCCAAGACGCGCGCUGGUCCCCCAGGAGUGCACCGCUCUCCUGCCACCUCGGAGCUGGCGGGACUCCCGAGACGCCCGCCUGGGGAGCCGCUUCAGGGCUUCUCCAAACUUGGGGGGGGAGGCCUGCGGAGUCCCGGGGGCGGGCGGGAUUGCAUGGUGUGCUUUGAGAGCGAGGUGACCGCUGCCCUCGUGCCCUGUGGACACAACCUGUUCUGCAUGGAGUGUGCAGUACGCAUCUGUGAGAGGACGGACCCCGAGUGUCCCGUCUGCCACAUCACAGCCACGCAAGCCAUCAGAAUAUUCUCCUAAGCCCCCUCCCCUGCCCCCGCCUCCGGGGGCCACUUCCCAGGGGCCUGCCCCUGGAGCUGGUUUCCACCAGAGCCUUUUGGAAGUCAGCAAUUCGAGGGGCCAGGUGAUUAGAGAUCCUGGCUGGGGAGCGGGGAGGGGAGGUGAUGGUGGCUGGAGGGUGGGCCACUUUGAGACCCUCUGGUCACCCUAUCCUUGAAAGGUUGGGAGGGGGCCAGGUUGGAAAUUUUACUAGAGUUACAACUCUGAUACCUCAACACACCCUUCAAUCUGAAAGCAGCUAAGAGAAACUUUUGUUUUGCCAGCGGUGGCAGCUAAGGCAUCCUGACCCCCUCUGUCCACCUCCCCUGAGUGUGUCAUACUACCCCUUCCUCUAUGGAGGGGAGGGGAAGGGAGAGGGAGAAUUACCAUCUGUAUAUAGAGGUGCUCUCUCCCAUCCCCAAGUCCUCUGGUCCUGACCUCUGACCUCCUGGCAUGACCCUUUGGACCCUCCACUGCCAUAUCCUGUUUGGGAAUCUGUUCCUAGGUUUCCAAGAUGGGAGGGGGUUGGGGCCCUUUCAGAAGCCUGCGUAGGCUGUAGGGGGUGGGGAAGCAUGCCAAUCAAUUAAGGGCUCAGACCUGUCUGUCUCCACAAAGUUGGGCUAGAAGGAUCUGGAUGAGGCUCCGCUGCCCCCUCCAGCUUUUCCCUCCUCUCUCCUCCCAUUCUUCCUCCCCUUGGGUUCUCCUUUCUCCUUUGCUCUUUCCCCAGCUCCUCUCUUUACUCCCACCCCGUCUUUCUGUUUCUUCCCUUCUCCCCCCUCCCUUCUGCCCCUUCUAGCGCAGCUUUGGGGAUACCAUCCGCUUGGGGGAAGGACAUUUUGGUGGUCCCCCCUAAUUUCUCCUUUGGCAUCUAGAGGCCCUCUUUCCCCACUCCUCCAAAGACGCACCUCAAAUUGGUGAUGGAAUGUAUCCCCAUUCUCAGUGAAAAUUUGAGGAGGGGACUAAUACUGGGGUACACAAAGGGCCAACCCUCCACCUUUACCCUCCUUGGGCAUUACAUUUAGGGGGCAGUUCUUGGACUGGAUUUCAUGGCAGUGGUAGGAGGAGAGCCAGGGAGUGGGUCUGUUGUUUCAAGGAGCAAUACCCCACUCCCUGCGCCCCUCUCGACCGCACACCAACCCUUAUCAGUGAGCAGAUCAUGAAGUGUCUGUCCUACCCACUGUGGUUGAGAAGAGAGGUCAGGCCUUCAGGGAGGGGUCAGUUCCAGGGCUAAGCAGGAUUGGGGUGCGGCUGUUCUGAAUCAUGUUACAGGCCUUACACCCCCUUCGCUGCUUCCCUACUGCUCCCUUGGGGCUGCCCCCAGCCUCCCACCCUCCUAGUUCCGCUGGCGGGCCAGGAGAGGAUGGGGGAUUGGAGUCCCUGGGAGGGUCCCAGGAAAUUCUUGUAUAUAGUGAGGUGGGACUAUUGUAAGUGAUCUCUGAGCACGUAAGCUCUGGAGUCCCAUUCCUGGACGGAGAGAGGGUGCAGGAAUGGGGGUACAGAGGGGAUUUCCUCCCCUCCUUCCUCCUGUUGGGAAUUAACUCUCCACAGCCUUCCCCUCCACCACCAGCCAGGGAGGGGAGAGGAAGGAGGUCACAGCCAGGAAAACUGGCCUGUGACAACUUCCCUCCUUCCAGCCAAUGUGAGCCAUCCUGAGAUGUCUGUACAAUAGAAACCAAACCAAAUGGGUUGCCCAGGGGAGGUGGGGGGCUGGGGCAGAGAAGGGAUGCCUGUCUGUGGAUUCCCCUCCCCCUCUCCACUCCUUACCCACAAAGGCAGAAGACUGUUACAUUAGGGGGCUCGGAAGAUUCCAUCCCACCCUUACUAAUUGAGCCAAACCUAGAAACAAACGCAGAACACACAUAGUGAGAGACAAAGUAGAGGUGAGAAAGCGAGCGUGAGAGGGAGCGAGAUAGGCGACCAACAGAGAAAACAAAAAUAGCAAAAAAAAAAAA